AUGCGAGAUAGAAGUAGUUGUGUUAAAGAAAUAAGAUGUUGUCGAAUAAGAAUGUUGAUCCUAUUAAGAACACUCAAACCAGCAAAAUUUCUGAAUGAACCGAAUGGAAUUAUGGCAACUGAUAUGAUAGCUUUCUUUCAUAAGUCCAUUGACAGUAUAGGUAGAAGAGUGCUUAAAAAAGUGAUUUCCAAAAUGAUUUUUACAGGAUAA